UCACCGUUGGGUAACCGUUCACAUAACCGUUUCUUCUGGAUUUCUAGAUUGUCGCUCUCCUUAGAUUUUUACCACCAAAAUGAUCGUUUUGAUUUGAUCUUGUUCUUCUCUUAAACUUAAAUUAAUUUUUAAAUAUUUAAAUCUUUUUGCGUACUUAUAAAUAUAUUUAUAUUUGAAUCUUUGUUACACCGCCAGAGCCUCUGUAGAUUCAGUUCGUUCUCUUUCUCUCUCUGUUUUUUUUUUUUUGGCGAUUUUUGUUAUCGAAGAGAGAAGGAAUGGCGGGAAACGACUGGAUAAACAGUUACCUGGAAGCGAUCCUGGACGUUGGUCCUGGAAUCGACGUUGCGAAAUCGUCCUUGUUGCUGAGGGAGAGAGGUCAUUUCAGUCCUACUCGUUACUUCGUGGAAGAGGUCAUCACCGGCUUCGAUGAGACCGAUCUCCACCGUUCCUGGGUUCGAGCCGCGGCAACGAGGGGUCCCAAGGAGAGGAACACGAGACUGGAGAACAUGUGCUGGAGGAUUUGGAAUUUGGCUCGAAAGAAGAAGCAGCUCGAAGGAGAUGAAGCUCAACGCAAAGCUAAACGCCGCCUUGAACGUGAAAGAGGCCGCAAAGAGGCAACUGCUGAUAUGUCUGAAGACCUAUCAGAAGGAGAGAAAGGAGAUAUACCUGGUGAUGUUUCAGCUCAUGGUGAUAGUAUCAGGGGAAGAAUGCACAGAAUAAGUUCUGUUGACAUGAUGGAGAACUGGGCUAAUCAGCCGAAAGAAAAGAAGCUCUAUAUCGUGUUGAUAAGUCUUCAUGGCUUGAUAAGGGGUGAAAACAUGGAGCUUGGUCGUGAUUCUGAUACAGGUGGCCAGGUUAAAUAUGUAGUAGAACUUGCUAGGGCCUUGGGCACAAUGCCAGGAGUUUAUCGGGUUGAUUUGCUGACAAGACAAGUGUCAGCUCCAGAUGUGGAUUGGAGUUAUGCCGAACCAACUGAGAUGCUUGGUCCAAGAACUACAGAUAACUCAAUGCAGGAUCUUGGUGAGAGCGGUGGUGCUUAUAUUAUUCGUGUACCAUUUGGCCCAAAAGAUAAAUAUAUACCGAAAGAACUGCUUUGGCCUCAUAUUCCUGAGUUUGUUGAUUGUGCACUUAGUCACAUUCGACAGAUGUCCAAAGUUCUGGGUGAGCAAAUUGGUGGUGGGCAAGCAGUCUGGCCUGUUGCUAUUCACGGACAUUAUGCAGAUGCUGGUGACUCUGCGGCUCUUCUAUCUGGAGCUCUAAACGUGCCAAUGCUUUUUACUGGCCACUCACUUGGUCGGGAUAAGCUGGAACAGCUUAUGAAACAGGGACGACAAUCAAGGGAUGAAAUAAAUACGACUUACAAAAUCAUGCGGCGGAUAGAGGCUGAGGAGUUAUCUCUUGAUGCCUCUGAAAUUGUUAUAACUAGCACUAGACAGGAGAUAGAAGAGCAGUGGCGCCUUUAUGAUGGCUUUGAUCCAAUAUUGGAGCGCAAACUUAGAGCAAGGAUCAGAAGGGGUGUCAGCUGUCAUGGGAGGUUCAUGCCCCGUAUGGUUGUGAUUCCUCCUGGAAUGGAGUUUCAUCAUAUUGUUCUGCAUGAUGGAGACAUGGAUGGGGAUUUAGAACGAAAUGAAGAAGAUUCUACUUCUCCUGACCCACCAAUUUGGUCUGAGAUAAUGCGUUUCUUUUCCAAUCCUCGCAAACCGAUGAUUCUUGCCCUUGCUCGGCCAGACCCUAAAAAGAAUAUUACUACUUUAGUCAAAGCAUUUGGAGAAUGCCGGCCUUUAAGGGAGCUUGCUAAUCUUACAUUAGUAAUGGGAAACCGUGAUAACAUUGAUGAAAUGUCUGGCACAAAUGCAUCUGUGCUUCUCUCUAUUCUUAAACUGAUUGAUAAGUAUGAUCUUUAUGGCCAAGUAGCAUAUCCUAAGCACCACAAGCAGCGUGAAGUUCCUGACAUUUACCGUCUAGCAGCAAGAACAAAGGGUGUUUUCAUUAAUCCUGCUUUCAUUGAGCCAUUUGGCCUUACUUUAAUUGAGGCAGCAGCAUAUGGUUUACCUAUUGUUGCCACAAAAAAUGGGGGUCCUGUUGACAUUCAUAGGGUUCUUGACAAUGGUCUAUUAGUUGAUCCCCAUGAUCAGCAGUCUAUUGCUGAUGCCCUUCUGAAACUUGUUUCGGAUAAGCAACUAUGGGCAAGAUGCAGACAGAAUGGGCUGAAAAAUAUUCAUCUAUUUUCUUGGCCAGAGCACUGUAAGACAUAUUUGUCUCGGAUAGCCAUGUGCAAGCCAAGGCAGCCUCAGUGGCAGAGAAGUGAUGUUGCAUUUGAAAAUCCAGAGCCAAAUUCACCUGGUGAUUCUUUGAGAGACAUACAAGAUUUGUCUUUAAACUUGAAGCUUUCACUAGAUGGUGAAAAGAGUGAAGGGAAUGGAACUAUUGAUAAUUCUUUGGAUGUUGAAGACUCUGCUGAUGGAAAAAGCAACUUGGAGAAUGCUGUUUUAAAGUUGUCCAAGGGUGCUAUAGGAGGUGCAGAAAAGGCUAGUUUAAUGGAGAAAGCAGAGCCAAAUGUUGGUGGUAGUAGGUUUCCUGGAAUGAGGAUGAGGAAAUACAUUUUCGUAAUAGCAGUGGAUUGUGAUUCAAUCUCGGAUAUUCCUAAAAUAAUUAGGACAAUUAAGGAGGCAGCAGGGAAAGCGAAUCAUGUAGGGUUUAUACUAUCAACAUCCUUGUCAAUAUCUGAUGUGCACUCUCUUCUAAUCUCAGGAAGCAUAAGCCCGUUGGAUUUUGAUGCUUUUGUCUGUAAUAGUGGUAGUGAUUUGUACUAUCCAUCUUCAAGCUCGGAGGGUCCUGGGCUUCCCUUCACGGUAGACUUGGAUUAUCAAUCACACAUUGAACAUCGUUGGGGUGGAGAAGGUUUAAGGAAAACUUUGGUUCGAUGGGCUGCUUCUGUUAAUGAGAAGAAAGGACAAAUUGUUACAGAAGAUGAAUCACGAUCUACUGCCCGCUGUUAUGCAUUCAAAGUGAAAGACCUUGAAUUGGUUCCUCCAGUUAGGGAGCUUCGGAAGUUGAUGAGAAUUCAGGCUCUUAGAUGCCAUGUAAUUUAUUGUCAAAAUGGCACCACACUGAAUGUAAUCCCUGUUUUGGCUUCUCGAGCUCAAGCUUUAAGGUACCUGUACAUUCGUUGGGGCAUGGAGUUAUCAAAUGUCAUCGUCUUUGCUGGAGAAUGCGGGGACACAGAUUAUGAGGGCUUGCUUGGAGGAGUCCAUAAAACUGUCAUAUUCAAGGGAAUUGGAAACAGUGCUCUUAAGCUUCACUCAAACAGAAGCUUCCCUCUAGAACAUGUCCUGCCAUUUGACAGUCCCAAUAUCCUUCAAGCUGAAGGAUGCAGCUGCGAGGACAUAAGGGCAUCACUGGGAAAACUAGGGGUUAUCAAGGAAUAGGCAAUCUACUGCUGUUCCAUUACUCUUCCAUUCGACUGUACGACCUAUAGCUUCUUUUUGGAUAAAUAGUGGGCAGACCUCUUGAUGUCUGUCUGUAUUACAAUAAGGUAUGGAUCCUGACUUGACCAUAAAGCCACUUGAUUAGCUUACUACA